AUGAGUUUCAAGGGUGGCCAAAGACAACUUUUGCCUUUUGGGCUUGACUGGGCAGAUAUUACCCAGAACUCAAUAAAUGAGUUGGAGUUUCCAAUGCCAGUUAAUGGCGAACCAACUAAAAUAGAAGUAGAAAAUUAUCAACAGUUUUUAAGCCUCACAAGCAUAAUGAAAGACUCCUCUUUUUACACCGGUAACUUGAAGAGCUUGGCUCAAGAACAAGGGAAUAGCGGGCGCCAAAAGAAAAACAUUGCAUAUUUAGAAGGUGGUGUAAAUGAUGGACUGAAGAGAUAUUCGGAUAAGUAUAGGAAAAAAAUACAGAUAGGUAGAUCUAUCAAAGAUCAUCCCUUCAUAGAAAAGUUUUUUCCAGAUGAACUCCAAAGUGUCAUAAGUUCCAAAAGUGGCAAGAAAUCUUUAAAUGUUUCGAAAUAUAGGAAAGGCUCGAGGUUUGGUACAGAUAUUGAUAAACUAAUUAAGAAUGCAGAGCAGAGACAAAAGGAGAUAAUGGAAAGGUUGAACGAAGUUGCCGCAAAUAACAAUGAUGAUGAUGUAGAAGAAGAUAAUCAAGAUGAGGAAGAUAACAUGGACGAUGAAUUCGAUGACGAUGAUGAUGAUGAUUACAAUGCGGAAAAAUAUUUUGAUGAUGGUGACGACUUUGAUGAAGGCGACGUGGAUGGCGAUGACGAGGCAGCAUUUUAG